GUGUAAUGAUGGCAGUGGAUGUUAUAGUGGAUGGAUUGAAAGCUAUCUCUAAACCAGUCACAACCCCAGAAGAAAUUGCCCAGGUUGCAACAAUUUCGGCCAAUGGUGACGAAGAAAUUGGUAAUUUGAUCUCGCAAGCAAUGAAGAAAGUUGGUAAAGAUGGUGUGAUUACGGUCAAGGAUGGCAAGACUUUACACGAUGAGUUGGAAAUUAUUGAGGGUAUGAAAUUUGAUAGGGGAUAUAUUUCACCAUAUUUCAUCAAUACGGCUAAAGGGCAGAAAAUUGAAUUCCAAGAUGCACUUUUACUUCUGUGUGAAAAGAAAAUUUCCAGUAUACAACAAAUAGUUCCAGCAUUAGAAUUGGCAAAUACACAAAGAAAACCACUAGUUAUUAUUGCUGAAGAUAUUGAUGGUGAGGCUUUGAGUACAUUAGUUCUUAACAG